ACAGGGUGGACCUGGAUGGGUUUUAAGUCCAAGGUGGAGGACAUCGUGCAGGAGGUCUAUGAUGCCUACAAGACAAACCAUCACUCCUCACAGUACGUCCUGCAGCGGGAGAAGCACUUCCAUUACCUGAAGAGAGGUCUCCGGCAGCUCACUGAAGCCUAUGAGUGUCUGGAUGCCAGCCGCCCCUGGCUCUGCUACUGGAUCCUGCACAGCCUGGAGCUGCUGGAUGAGCCCAUUCCCGAUUCGGUGGCCUCUGAUGUCUGCCAAUUCCUGAGGCGCUGCCAGAGCCCCCAGGGUGGAUUUGGGGGGGGUCCCGGCCAGCACCCCCACCUCGCCCCCACCUAUGCCGCCGUCAACGCGCUCUGCAUCAUCGGCACCGAGGAGGCCUUCGGCGUCAUCGACAGGAAGAAGCUCUUGGAGUACCUGUACUCGCUGAAGCAGCCGGAUGGCUCCUUCCUCAUGCACGUGGGUGGAGAGGUGGAUGUCAGGAGCGCCUACUGCGCCGCUUCAGUGGCCUCGCUGACCAACAUCCUGACACCUGCACUCUUCGCUGGGACGGCCGAGUGGAUUGCCAGGUGCCAGAACUGGGAGGGUGGGAUCGGCGGCGUGCCAGGCAUGGAGGCGCACGGCGGCUACACUUUCUGCGGUGUGGCUGCGCUGGUCAUCCUCAAGCAGGAACAUCUGCUGAACCUCCGGAGCCUGCUGCGCUGGGUGACCGGGCGGCAGAUGCGCUUCGAGGGCGGAUUCCAGGGCCGCUGCAACAAGCUGGUGGAUGGGUGCUACUCUUUUUGGCAAGCUGGGCUCCUGCCCCUGCUCCAUCGGGCACUCCAUGCCAGGGGCGAUCCGGCGCUGAGCAUGGCACACUGGAUGUUCGACCAGCUGGCGCUGCAGGAAUACAUUCUCCUGUGCUGCCAGUGCCCAGCUGGUGGGCUGCUGGAUAAGCCAGGAAAAUCCCGGGAUUUCUACCACACCUGCUACUGCCUGAGUGGGUUGGCCAUUGCACAGCACUUUGGAAGUGGAGAUCUCCACAAUGAGGUGGUCCUGGGUAUCCCUGAGAAUUCCCUGCAGGCCACGCACCCUGUCUACAACAUUGCCCCGGAGAAGGUGGCGAGGGCGGUGAUGCACUUCCUGCAGUAUCCCGUGCCCAGCCUGGAUCCGGCACCCGCUGCCCAGUAGGGGGGUCCUGCUGCUGGCUCGGGGUGCGGAGCCCCGGCAGCGAGCGGCACAGCCCAGCCCAUCCCAUCCCAUCCCCACGGUGGCCUGGCCAGGCAGAGCACGGUGCUCAGGGUGCUAGCAAUACCAAAAUCCAGCCUGCUCCAGGCCAGGUGUCCUGCUGCCAUCCUGGCCAGAGCCCAGGUGGGACACGGGCUCUGGCAGAGCUUUUUGGCAUCAAUAAACCAGAAGUCACACCCGCCAUGUGCUGGUGGCCCCGGGGAUGCGGGGCAGGAGGUGAUGCCAUGUCUGGAUCCGGUGGCACCAACUUCCCCCAUUCCAAGAACACACGGUAACCACGGGGGAGGAUAAAAUAAGUGGAAUUUUG